AUGAAACUCCAUUGGAAGCUCAGGGUGAUACCUCUGCAGAACAUGAUCAUGAACGUUCUCCGCGUGCACGUCAACGAGGAUGGCAUGGUGGGUGGAAUGGUGCAGCAGAACCUGCUCGAGAUCCUGUACCACAAACUAGUCCACAAGCUUGGCAUGGCGGAUGGUAUGGCAAUAACGAAGGAUGGCAGGAUUCGGAUGGUGGAGGGUGGGUACGUCACCAAGGACGACAAUGGCACCAAGACGGUUGGAGCAAUCAAUGGGCUCAAGAACCGCAAGACUCCACGUGGUGGGGAAGAAGUGGAUGGGAAUGGAGUCGUGAUGGCCGGGGACGUACAGCAGAAUGGGAUGAAUGGCGAUGGGGUGAUGAACGCGGACAUGAAAGAUGGGAAGGAGUACGUUAUCAACAGGGUGAUUAUCAGGCCAGUGGUGGGAGAAGUUCGUCGCAUACUCCUCAUCGGGAUGUCUCUCGAGACGCUCCGGCGUCGAGCUCUACAGAUCCUAUGCCUUCCUCGCGGCCUGCUUCGAGCUCCACCUCAUUACCCCACAACAGUCGACACCGUCAGCAUCCACAAGGGUUCUGGAGGUAUGGGGUGUGGCACAGCAGAAGCCGCACUGAGUCGGAAGAACGUGAUCACCGUGGUGGGCAAGGACCAGUACGGCAACAAAGGAGGCAAGGACGUUUGGACUCUUGGAAUGAUGGGACGUUCUGCGUUCCACAGGGGUGUACCAGCUCGAGACAGUGAAGAAGCUAGAGCGGCACGUGCACAAUUUGCCGCGGUCCUCAAUCUCGUGCACAAUCCCCCUCGCAGUGUAGGGCGUCAAGCACAAAGACCAAAGUGGACGGUUACACAGUGGGAGGAUUGGGCACGAUGGGUGGUUGGGGACGCCAUGGUUGUUGACUGGUCGCAAAAUGGGGUGCCCGCUGUUGAGGACGCGUACUUCGUUGCAGAUGACGAUGACGUGGGCUUCAUGCAAGUACACAUGGGUGUGGAAUUUGAGGAGAUGAACAUGAUGCAACUCAGCGAGGCGGAAGAGCAUGUCCUCCAUGAGCUCUAG